AUGUUUGUCAUGAGAACUAUGGCUAAGAACAAGGUUAAGUUGGACAAUCACCUGGGGCUGUUACCACCCGUAAUCAAAAGUAGGUUAGAAAAGGUGAGGAAAGAGUCCAGACAUUGGCAUGCUAUAUGGUCUGGAGAUACUGGAUAUGAGAAGUUUGAGGUCCAUGGGCGUCCAACAAACCAUGUGGUAGACCUGGGGAAAAGAUUAUGUACCUGCCAGUUUUGGAUGUUAACAGGGAUUCCAUGCGUUCAUGCUUGUGCAGCACUGGCCAGAGUCAACAAGCACCCAGAUGAUUUCUGCCAUAAGUUGAUAACCAUGGAGUCUUACAAGAAAACAUACAAGUACCACAUCAAUCCUAUACCUGGCCAAGCCUUCUGGGAACAAAGUCAGUUUAACAAGCCAUUGGCACCACCAAUCAAGAGGAAGCCAGGGAAUCUUCAAACAAAGAGGAGGAAGGACUCCGAUGAAGGCACAAGUUCUAGCAAGAAAUCUAAGCCAGUAACAGCCUUGAAAAGACAGCUUCGGCCUUUCACAUGUAAGUACUGCUUGCAAAAAGGUCACACCAAGAGAGGAUGUGAAAAGAAAAGAGCAGCUGAUGCUGCUCAAGCUGCAGCUGAUGCUGCGGCUGCUGCAAAGGUAGCAGAGGCUGCUAAAGACCCUAAAAAUGCUAGUGCACAAGCAACUGCAACUGCCCAGGCCACCACAACUGCCUCUGCAUCUGCCAGUGCCACUGCAACUGCUACUGCAACUGCAACUACUACUGCUACAGCUACGGCUAAUGCUAAUAUUACCAUCAAUUCUGCUCCUAUUGGUCAAGCUUCAGAAAUUGAUCUGUCACAGCCAAUUUGUUCUGAACCAGAAGACUCUCAAAAGUUCACUGAAGUAACCGGGGAACCAGCCACAAGACCUGCCAAACUGCCUACUAGAAGAAGGUCACCUCCAACAACCCCUUCUACAGCACUGGACCCAAUGAAGGGUGCGAGUUCUGCCACUGCUUCACGAUUCACAAAUUUUCUGAAGUUUGUGCCGACUCCUGGAUUUAAGCACCCCCGAAAGAAGUGAACUUUCAUAUUAGGACAUUAGGACAUUUUGCUUGUCAAGUGUUUUUUUUUUGUUAAAAGAUAUAGUGACUGCGCUCACUCUAAACAAUGGUUCAUUUUCUUGAUUACUAAUCAAGUAUGUCAUGCUACUUGUUCAAUUACUUAUGGUUGUAAUGUGUUAAAACUAUGAAUGGUUUGCCAUAUUUUGGU